GUUCGGCUUAUGAAAAAAUAACAGCGAUGUUCCAAUACUUUUCGCUGUGUUUUACGUUUUAUUCCAAGCAAGGAGUACCUGGCAUUUUUUGCAGUUUAAAGAUUCAGUAGCGAAUCCUUCCAGCGACUGGAUACCGAUGUCCGUUGCUUACUACUGUUGUCUGCCUGUCUGUCGCUCUAGCUGUGAAGUGCGAACCACCAGCUGAACCUCUUUCACAGCUUUCUUUAGCGAUCGACUUUUUGUGCGGGAUCUUUGUUUGCUCAACAUCUCUUUUACAUAAGUUUUUUUCUUAUUUAAUCAAUAAGUUAUUUUUACUAUUUUAUAUUUUUAAUCAGUUUUUUUGUUUAAGUUAACCCGAGGAUAAUUUUGUGGUUUACAGAUUUCUGCGUUUGUAAUUCAGCGGAUCUAUCUGCCACUACCUGUUGGCAUCGCAGCAUACCUGUCACAGUGCCACUUACGCAUUUGCGCAUCCAUCGUCUGCAAUAUUUUGAGCCCCGAUCGAAGACGAUUUCAUUUUUAUAAGUUUUACAAUAGUUUUAUUUGCCUGGUUUUGCAGCAAAUUAUCUGUAUUAUGUUUUGCCGUUAAUCUACUGCAUCGUGUGGCUUUGCUGAUCCUUUCUGAAUGGUGCCUUGAAUCGCUGCGUUAUUGUUAGUUGUACAGUGUACUGUACUAAAAUGAUGGGAGAACGGCACAAUCAUGAUUUUUCGGAGCAGUAUUACGAUGACGAUGGUGGCGAAGCAUUUGCCUCGCAUUCACCACAUAGAGAUUCUUCCCUGACCACCGAGCCACCGCGCUCCCCCGCUGGCUCCCAUCAGGGCUCCAUCACGGGCUCCGAGUGCUCAUACAGUGGGACGGAUUACGGGGAUGAUUCGUGGCUGGAGAACGGUAGCACGCCACCGUGGCGCAAAUGGUCGCAGAAGCUGCAGAAUCUCAUGGACGAUCCGACAGGGAUGGAUGUCUUCUUUGAUUAUUUGCAGAAAGAAGGCGCCGAUAAUGUGCUGUAUCUAUAUUUGGCCUGUGAUGGGCUGAAGAAACAGUCACAGCAGAACCACGUGCGCCUGGUCAAUUCCAUGUAUGUCAAAUUCAUCCAGGCCGACGGUGGAUUGUGGUUGUUGCCUGAAACUCGCAACCGCUUCGACCAGGUGUUCCGCAGCAGUGGGGAUUUGCGCUUUGCCGAAAAAAUGAGCCUCUUUGAGACGGCACAAGACGAAGCGUGGAAAGUGCUGGAGGAACAGCUGUAUCCGAAUUUUAUGCAGUCGCAGAAAUAUAGCCAGUAUAUCAACGAACAGGAAGAGCGCUAUGGCUUGGACGGUGCCAGCCAGACUUCGAGUUCACCUCCAUCUCCUGAACCCAAUAUGUUCUCCAUGGAUGCUUCGCAAAUGGUGUCCCGAAUAUAUCCCUACCAGCAGCCUUUGGAUUCUGGCUUGGACUUGACCCCGCAAACGGAAACUCGCCCUUUUCCUUCACGUCCACCGCCCACCCCACCUCCGCCGCUGAUUAUGCCGCCAGAAUGGCCAAACAGACCUGCUGGGCACACAUUUAGCCAAACUCGGCAGAAUUUCCCGGAAAAAGAUCGUCUCGCAGGUGGUGCUCCGGCGAUACCGCCACGGACAUCCGUCUUGAGUAAGCCGCUUCCCCAUUCCACAGGACUGACGCGAGAGGCUCUGCAAAACAGUAUCGGAAUGCGGAGUGCCCCUAAUCAGACGGCGACGGAUAAAAUGUGGGGAGGUGGAGAACCUGGACAAGCUUAUGUUAAGUAUGCCCAGUUCUGUAUGCCGUCAGCACAGGAAAGCGAAUUGGACAGUUUGAGUCAAGUCAGUCUGACGCGAAGGAGCGCCGUUUCCGCUGCCCGCAGCUCCGGCCUCGCUCAACAAACUAGCAACUCGCGCCGAGAUGCGCUGGAUUUUGAGGCAGCCAAACACAUGGCGAAGCUAAAUUCCAGUGCUCACACGGACAGUAUUCCGCUGCCGUUUACCGAACAUCAGCGCGCAAUGGGUACACUGGAUCCGAAAAGCCGAGAUCCGCGUAAGAACGGACCUUUUCGUUUCGUUCCGGAAGAGUUAGCAAGUAAGCUAAACGCCGUGAUCGCCAACCGCGAAGCAGCAGAGCGAAAUAACCAAAGCGUAAAACCCGAUCCACCAACUGUUCCGCCCAUCGUUGCGCAGCUUUUGGCCAUCCCAAAAACUCCCUCCGGUCGACCGAAACUGCCGCAUGUCCCCCCGGAAGCAGACGAUUCCGAGGACAUUCUAAAUGAGCACUCCAAGCGGGUGGGGGAAACCGCGACACCUCCGUCCAACAACAGCGUCUGUACCAGCCCGUAUCCACGUUUGCGCGAACCGGCAUCAGCGUAUUCCAAAGCGUCGACCGUUUGUGCGACCAGUGAGGGGGGUCGCCGGCACGGUACAUCCUGGGAUCCACCGGGACAGUUCGGCCGUCCGACACAGGUCCUGCCGCCCAAGCCUGUCGUCAAAGAGCAUCGGCGUCCUGCUGUGCCGGCGCAGUUCGACUUUAAACCGGCGAUGACGGUCAAUCCGCGCGAGGUUAACCGGCAGUUUACCCAUAUGAAUUUGCGGGACAUCAGCACGGAUUCGGGAUUGGGAGAGGGUUCCACACUGGCGCCCAUUCAGCCACCGCAUCCGUUCCUCUUGAUACCGUCAUCCGGAGAGGGACGGGGCGCUCAACCCCCGAAGUUGUCGUCGCGUGGACCAACUAUCCCGCCGCGGAAAGAUAACGAAGGGCAUCAGCUGCAGUUGAAGCAUAAUCAGAACCAAGGAGCGGCGUCACCGGGCAUGAUGUCGCGCCAUCAGCGAUCUCGGAAUACGGGAACGGGUCGGUCUGGCAACGGUUUGAAGAGCAGUGUUAAAGAAGAAGAAGGCUUCACGGUGGUGUGGAGAACGGGCCAGACCGGGGACUUUUUUAUGACUAAAAUGACAGGACGGAACUGUUUAAAGAAUUUCAAAAAUGUAUUGCCCGCGAAUAUGAAUAUUGGACCGGCGACUAGGUAUUAUUUCCGGGAAGCCGUGCCGGGUACUGGAACCGUAUGGAAUGAAGUAAAGAAUGACAACGAUACGUUGCCGCUGCUUGAAGGACGAAUCACCGCUACAGUGGAAUUCUGAAGGUCUUAAUUCGUUGGCUCGAUAAACUUCAGUAAUUGUUUUAUGGUUUUACAGGUCUUCCGAAAACUUGCAAUAUCUGCAGCAGUAUUUUUUGUACGUGCUUAAUGCAUUCAGUAAAUAAGUCGCUGUGGUUUGAUCGUGGUGUUUUAAUCGUUUUUUAUAACGUUAUGCAUUGGAAUGUACAUUGCACAUUUACUAAAGCAACAGCAGCACUGGCCGGAAACAGCAAAUAAGAGUAUGAAAAACAGUGAGAAAAGCU